GAAAUAUUUUUAUAAUUUUGUACAAAUAUAAUGGAUGAUGAGAACGAUGAGGACUUUCUGCCAGCUCCAAACCUGUGCACAUUCAGCAUACCCAAUGAACCAGAUCUAUUGGUGGAGUAUGAGCUGUACCGGCCUUCAAUGGCUACCAGGCGCCUCUAUAGCGAACGAAAUCGUGGGGUCUACACGGAAGCAUUCAUCGAGAAUGAUCGGCUCGGGACUUUGGCGGAUCUCAGUGUCCGUGCGCUGGCCAAACUAGGCACCAGAUACAUUGCACCACCUGUAAAACAGGAUCCGCGAAAACUACGCAUACACUAUGAUUCCCUGGAUGUGAAUCUUCCCUUGAAGGAUUGCUAUUUUGUGGAGGAUUUGCGUUUCUGGCGUCGCGUGGUGCUCGCCAAGAGUUCAGACAAAUCGCUGCAGUUCAAGAAGAUCGAUGAGUUCGAUUGGCGUGGCAUGGGCAUUAGCUUAAAGUACGUGGAACUGGUAGAAUCCUGUCCAGCUGCCUACUGGCCGGAACAACAGAUGGCAGCCCUGGGUCAAUUGGUCCGUAAAUAUGUUCGAUCAAUGCACAUCAAACAUUUGCAGUCGCUUGAGGAUCACUUUUUUACACACUACGUGGUAAGUGAACCGGAGUUGGAUGCAUCCUCAGCGGACUCAGCUGGACAAGAGGUGUCAAGUGAUGAAAGUGAUACACCUGCUGAGGAAGAGGAAUGUGAGGAGGAAGAGGAGCCAGCUGUGAUACCAGUGAAAAAGGGAAUAUUGAAAAGGGAAUCUGUUCGCAUUGCAGAUAAUCUGAUUGCACAUGAGAAUGAAGACAGCCUAUCGGAUAUUAGUCAAGCGGCUAGAACAUUCACAUUGGAUGUGGAAGUCCAAAAGCGACGUGAGGCACGACAUGCCCGGAAUGCGGCACGGCAGCAGUUACGGGAUCUCGCCAAGGAAAAGAAAGAGGAGCAUGAGAGGCGCAAACAGAGACGCGCCAUUUUAAGAGCACCACCGCCUCCGGAGCCCAAGCAGAAGAAAAAGAAGAAGAAAAAGACACCAGAGAAAAAAAUCACUGGCGCUUUUGAUCUUCCAGUUGAUCCGGAACCCGAUGAUGGACAAGAUCAAAUCGUAGACAAUCGCAACAAAGAGAAGCUACUAAAUCGCGUCAAGCGAUACGAUUAUCCCGCCAAGCACUGUCACCACAUCAACCUGAGCUUUGUGCGUUACUUUGACAUGCUCAACUCCCUAACGAUUGAGUUCCUGGGUCCCGAGAUGAACCUUGGCUAUCACAAGCGACACAUGAACUUCUCCUACGACGACAUGGUGCAUCUGUCCAAGGGAGUUCGCACCUUGCAGCAGCUCAAGGUCUUCCGUCUGCGCAACAGUCGCAUGGACCACAUGAAACUCUUAAUAGUUGUUGAAGGCUUGAAGCAGCUGGAUGCACUGGAGGUUGUUGAUUUUGGCUAUGACCAACUCGAGGAUGAUUGUAAUGUGGCAUUGGAAAUGCUCCUGGAACGUAAGGUCAUGUUGAAGGGACUCGAGUUGGAGUACAAUAACAUACAGAGAUGUACUCUGCAGUCCAUUGGAUAUGCUCUCAGAUGUUAUGCCAACAAUGAUCCGAAUGGAAGACCAAUGGAGUAUCUGGGACUUGCUUUCAAUCCAUUGGGCGAACUUGGCCUUAACUAUCUGAUUCACAACAUUAUUGGCACUAAUCAUGUGGUGGAGCUGAACAUUAGUGGCAUUGCCGCCGAUGCCUCUUUGGUGACACGUGACAUUAGCAAUCUAUUGCGGAUCCAUGCCCCAUUGCGUCGUCUGGACAUGGCGUCCAUUAAGCUAAACCCCGUCGUGGGAAGAACCCUUAUUCGCGGGCUGGAGACCAACCACAAGGUCAUUCAUUUUGAAUGCCGUGGCUGUGAUCUGAGCUUGGAUCAGGAGUACGAAGCAGAUGCGAUAGUGCGUCGUAACAAUUACUCCGUGCGUCAUCCGUAUCUGGGGGAUACUAAGCAAACGGAGACCGGUCUCCUGGCUUAUCUCGCCGGCCUCAGGCAUCCCAUUGUGGCCAAAAUUGAGAAGGAGAAUGCUCGUCAAGCUGAGUGCCUGAGAAAUCGACCAUUAAAAACUCCCAGUGAGCAGAGCGUCAAUGAGGAGGAGAGUGUGGAGGAAACUCAACAGGAUCAAGAGCUCGAUAUUUGGCAAACACUUGGCCCCCAAAAAGCUUCACCCAAAUUACAAAGCGUGACCUAUUUCAGUACAUCCUCCCAAGGAAGCACUCAACUACCAUUUGUAUACAAUGCCAACUCUUUUGAUUUGGAAGAGAUCCGUGAACAUUUGUACAUGCCGGGACCCGAAAAUCGCCACUACUAUUUCCAGAGACAGAUGGAAAAUUAGUUUCAAUUUUGGACGAAAUUAGUUAAUUUUUUUGUGAGAUUUUGGACUUUCUCAGAAUUAUAUAUUGUAAAAUACACAAACACUUUUCAAA